ACUAAUUGCUGGAGUUCAGCUCAUUAGCGGGCAGGAGGGGGAGGGGUGCUGGGAUACUCCAACACCAGGCUGCCGGGCAGGGUCCCCUCCCUCGCCAAGCCCUGGGCAGAGCAACGCCCAGCAUCAGCCGAAAGAGCUCGACCGAACAUUUGGGCCCUAACGCUGCCCCUCCCCCGGCUGCACUGUGCCAGGCCCCUGCCGUGCUGCCCACCAUGCCGGAACUCACCGCCAAUGUCACCAAGACACUGAACAGAACCACGCCCGGGCUGCAGAUCUGGAGAAUCGAGAAAAUGGAGAUGGUGCCGGUGCCUCUGAAAAGCUACGGGAACUUCUACGAAGGGGACUGCUACGUGCUGCUGGCGACGCACAAGACAGGGAACAGCUUCAGAUACGACAUCCACUACUGGCUAGGCCGGGAGUCGUCGCAGGACGAGCAGGGGGCGGCUGCCAUCUACACUACGCAGAUGGACGAAAACCUGGGCGGGGUGGCCGUGCAGCACCGCGAGGCCCAGGGCAACGAGAGCAACGUCUUCAAGGGCCACUUCAAACAGGGGCUCAUCUAUAAGAAGGGAGGCGUCGACUCAGGGAUGAAGCACGUGGAGACCAACACGUACAAUGUGCAACGGCUGCUGCACGUGAAGGGCAAGAAGAACGUGGUGGCUGGAGAGGUGGAGAUGAGCUGGAACAGUUUCAACCAGGGGGAUGUUUUCCUGCUGGACCUGGGCAAACUCAUCAUCCAGUGGAAUGGGCCGGAGAGCAACCGCGCCGAGAGGCUGAAGGGCAUGAACCUGGCCAAGGACAUCCGGGACCGCGAGCGGGGCGGGCGUGCCCAGGUGGCUGUGGUAGAUGGCGAGGACGAGGCGUCCACACCGGAGCUGAUGAAGAUUCUCACCCAUGUGCUGGGGGAGCGGAGGGAGAUCAAGCCAGCCAUUCCCGACACCGUGGUGGACCAGAAACUGAAAACCAUUCUCAAGCUCUACCAUGUCUCCGAUGCUGAGGGGAACCUGGUGAUCCAAGAGGUCGCCACCCGUCCCCUGACCCAAGAUCUGCUGCAGCACGAGGACUGCUACAUUCUGGACCAGGGUGGCCUGACCAUCUACGUCUGGAAAGGCAGGAAGUCCACCAAGGAGGAGAAGCAGCAGGCCAUGAGCAGAGCCCUGGGCUUCAUCAAAGCCAAGAACUACGCGCCCAGCACCCGCGUGCAGACCGAGAACGACGGGGCCGAGUCGGCCAUGUUCAAGCAGCUCUUCCAGAAAUGGACCGUCAGCAACCAGACCAGUGGCCUGGGCAAGACCCACACCCUGGGCACAGUGGCCAAAGUGGAACAGGUCAAGUUCGACGCCACCACCAUGCACGCCAAGCCCGAGGUGGCCGCGCAGCAGAAGAUGGUGGACGACGGCUCCGGGGAGGUCGAGGUCUGGCGCAUUGAGGACCUGGAGCUGGCGCCGGUGGAGAUGCGCUGGCUGGGCCAUUUCUACGGCGGCGACUGUUACCUCAUCCUCUACAAGUACCUCGUCAACAACAAGCAGCACUACAUCAUCUACAUCUGGCAGGGCCGCCACGCCAGCAAGGACGAGAUCACCGCCUCGGCCUACCAGGCCGUCAUCCUGGACCAGCAGUACAACAACGCGGCCGUGCAGGUGCGGGUGCCCAUGGGCAAGGAGCCCGUCCACCUCAUGGCCAUCUUUAAGGGGAAGAUGGUGGUGUACGCGGGCGGCACCUCGCGGGCUGGCAACACGGAGCCGGUGCCGUCCACCCGCCUCUUCCACGUGCACGGCACCAACGAAUACAACACCAAGGCCUUCGAGGUGCCCCCGCGCGCCUCCUCCCUCAACUCCAAUGAUGUCUUUGUGCUGAAGACGCAGCCCUGCUGCUACCUCUGGUAUGGGAAGGGCUGCAGCGGGGACGAGCGGGAGAUGGCAAAGACCGUGGCUGACCUCAUCUCCAAAACCGAGAAGCUGGUGAUAGCCGAGGGCCAGGAGCCGGAUAACUUCUGGGUGGCUCUGGGAGGGAAAUCCCAGUACGCCAACAGCAAGCGACUGCAGGAGGAAACCUUGUCGAUAACGCCCCGCCUCUUCGAAUGCUCCAAUCAGACUGGCACCUUUGUGGCCACGGAGAUCACCGAUUUUAACCAGGAUGACCUGGAGGAUGACGACGUCUUCCUGCUGGACACCUGGGACCAGGUGUUCCUCUGGAUUGGGGAGCACGCCAACGAGACGGAGAAGAAGGAGGCGGCCGUGAUGGCGCAGGAGUACCUGAGAACUCACCCCAGCGGGCGCGACCCUGACACGCCCAUCAUCGUGGUGAAACAAGGCUACGAGCCCCCGACUUUCACGGGCUGGUUCCUGGCCUGGGACCCCCUGAAGUGGAGCGACAGGAAAUCCUACGAGGAGCUGAAAGCUGAGCUGGGGGAGGACAGCGAGUUCAGCCAGCUGACGACUGAAAUCACAAGCCAAGAUGUCUUCACUGCCAACACCACCUUCGGGUCCAGGACCUUCCAGACCUUCCCCCUGGAGUUGCUGGUGAACAAGGCCUUGGAUGAAUUGCCCGAGGGAGUGGACCCUAGCAGGAAGGAGGAGCACCUGUCCAGUGACGAUUUCAACGCGGUCUUCGGCAUGCCCCAGACCGCCUUCGCUGCACUGCCCCUGUGGAAGCAACAGAAACUCAAGAAGGAGAAGGGCCUCUUCUAGGGCAGCGCUGCGGCGAGAUUCAGCCGGGGAUGCGUUCAGUUUAGUAUUUUUAUUAAGAAAGUAAAAUUAAAAUUAAUUCAGAGAAGGGAGCUGCAUGCUUGCCCCUGCUUCGGUGCCUGCUAACCAUUCCUCCCCACUGGGAUUCUUUGGGCAGGGAACAUACUGAUCUCCCAAUAGGCUACAAUCUACUUUCCAAGCUACCCUCCUGGUUGGGUUGGGUUGACAGCUACAAUCCGUGUGCGGGGAUCUUGCCUUAGCAAAGUGGUGCGGCAGUGGGUAGAACGGGUGAGUGUUGACCAGGCUCUGAAGUAGCACAGAUCCUUCACCCUGGCUUAUUGUGUCUGUUCUCCAACCUCCGCACGAGAUUGUGCAGAGGCAGCACCCUCAAGGGAGAAACAAGAACAGAGGUGGGAAUCAGAACCCUCUGGCCUGUAAUCCCAGCACCACCACCGACCUGCUGUAUAGCCGUGGGGACGGCACAGCACAUUUCUGCCUCAGUUUUCCCAUCUGUAAAGUGGGGGUGCUCAUAUUCCUUAAUCCGUGGUUUGAGGUGCCAAGUAGUAUGUUGUUAAGUGGUAUUAGAAUGAUCUUCAGUCUUUCUAGAUGUCAGGUCUUUGCAAAGCUGUUUACAUUUUCACAUGCACUGGUACUUCACCGCUAAAGAUGAAGUAUACAGCCCACUGCUGCAGCCUCCAUUAGCUGUUACGCCUUCAUGAAAAGCAUUAUGCAAAUAUUUGUGGUACCGAAGGUAAAGGUUCCAGCCACGGCAGGGAGUGACAUUUUAAAAAUCCGUAUGCCACACACUUUACUGAAGCACAGUGCAAACUUUAAUGACCUUGUCCACGCUUGUCUUAUCUGUAUUACCAUGGCACCUGCAGGGGGCCCAUUGUGCUAGGGGCUGUACAAACACAUAGGAAGUCCGCCCCGGUCGAAGGCAGGAUACACUUUGUGGGAGCAGGGGUACGCAUCCCCCCAGGGAGUAUGUAAAGGUCUCUCCGGGGUACAUCAGCUCAUCUAGAUAUUUGCCUAGUUUUACAAGAGGCUACAUGAAAAGCACUAGUCAAGUCAGUACAAACUACACUUUAAUACAGACAGAAUGAGCAAGUAAGCAAAUUGUCAGUACCAGUGUGGCUGUGACACUUUUGUAUUUUUGUGUCCCAGUAGUUUUAAGUGAGGUGAAACUUGGGGUACACAAAUCAGCCUCCUGAAAGGGGGACAGUCGUCUGGAAAGGUUGAGUGCCACUGCCCUAGGAAUGCAGGGCCUAUUCGCUACAGCAGAUGUUGCCAGCUGGAUCAGACUUAGCAUGGUUUUUUGUUAAUACGAUUCCCUCCCACUCAGUAUGAGAUUGACAAUAAAAUUUCCCGUGUGACUUCAA